AUGACGGAAAGCAAGCGGUCAACCGCCAAGGGCAUGCAGAGAAGAAACGACAGUUAUGAUUCUACCUGCCUGGUGUGUGAAAGACAUGUCAGUACGAGGCAGCAAAGGCACUGCAAGCUCUGCCUCCCAAAGGUGCUGCAGGAGCUGAGAGGUCAUGUCAAGGAGGUAUCACAACGAGCUGCGAGGGCGAGGGAGAAGCUGGCGGGUGAGAUCGAGAGGAGAGACAAGAGUGACAGGAGUCGACCCCAGGCAACAAGGUCACUGACAGGAGCAGCGAUACUGCAGGACCGCUGCUCCUCUAUCCGCGAUCAGAUCUUUGAGGGGCGGAUCGAUGCGGCAGACCUGAGGUUUCAGCAGCUUGAAGCUCAGAGGAGGUUGGAGCAAGCCUGGAUGACGCUCUCUCAGAAGCACGACCACAUCUUGGAGAACGUGCUGUUCUCGACUGAGAGGAGACUUCACGGCUUGCUGGCUGAGAAGGUCUCGGAGUUGGCCAUGCAGAGGGCGCAGAAGGUACAUGAAGUGGUGAAGCUUUUUCAGGUCAAAGUCACGAGCACUUGCGCGGAGAUCCAGGGGCUGCCUUGUCCGAGGAAGAGAAACGACGCCGAGUGCAACGCGAUGGCGCAGCUCUCGCGGCUCACUGUCCUCAUCGCCAAGUAUCUGUCCGUGUCGCUUCCGUUCCGUGUUGACGUCAGGCCGUCGCACUGCGUCAUCUACGGGGGAGGAAAGGAGGGAGGGAGGGAGUACCCUCUCUCUUCUCCUCCUAACGGCAACGAGAUCGUAGAUGAUGAGCAAUGGGCUCGUCACCAUCGCCAUGCUCUCUACCUCCUCGCCAUGAACGUCCGGCAUAUGGCAGUGGGGACAGAGGAGGAGGAGUUGUACCUGAAGAUCUGCGCCACCAACGACGUCUCUCCUCUCGCCAUCAUCCGCAACAUCCUCGCUAUCUGCGCACAGACGCGGCUGGGCUACGGGGAGGCGAUGAGCUGCGAGUACGCGUACGAGGAGGAGCGGAGGUUCGCGCUCAACACGGUGAGGAACGAUAUCGUCAUCCUGGACCCAGCGACGAGCGAGCCGUCGGCUAUGGCGAAGAGGAGGGCGAGCGGGGGCGGGAAGGAGGGGAAAGAGGAGGCGGCAGCAGGGGUCGCUGUGGAAGCAGGAGGGGAGCUGCAGUUCGGGGACGGGACAGAUUGGGCGAUUGUGCUUCCUCCUCCUCCUAGUGAGACCCCGGACUUUUGA